CGGCCGCCCUCGCCCUUUCCUGUGAGAUUCUUCCGCCAAGUGAAGGCCCAUCUUUGGUCGACAACCUACGCACUUGUAGAACAAUCCAAUAGGCACUUGGAGACCCGGGUCUCCCCAUUCAGUCUCAUCUGUGCGCCAGGGCAGUUUCUUCUGGGGCCCCCGAAGUUGAUAACGGAUCUCGCGGGACUCUUUUGCGUAACGUGAGGAGGGCGCUGCCGCCGGCGGAGACAUGGUGCUCACGCUCGGGGAGAGCUGGCCGGUGCUGGUGGGGAAGCGGUUCCUCAGCCUGUGCGCGGCCGACGGCGUCGACGACGGCUGGGACGUGCAGCGCGUGGCCGAGUGGCCCUGGCUGGCGGGCACGGUCCGCGCCGUGUCCCACCCCGACGUUUCCAGGAAGGACCUGAAGGUAUGUGUCGAGUUUGAUGGGGAAUCUUGGAGGAAGAGAAGAUGGAUAGAAGUCUACAGCCUUCAGAGGAAAGCAUUUUUGGUAGAGCAUAAUUUGGUUUUGGCUGAACGAAAGUCACCUGAAAUUUCUGAACGAACUGUUCAAUGGCCUGCAAUAGUGUACAAACCUCUGGUGGACAAAGCUGGUUUGGGAUCCAUAACUUCUGUUCGCUUCCUAGGAGAUCAGCAAAGCGUAUUUCUUUCCAAAGAUCUUUUAAAGCCUAUACAGGAUGUAAACAAUCUUCGGCUUUCCCUUACUGAUAAUCAGAGCAUCAGUAAAGAAUUUCAGGCUUUGAUUGUGAAACAUUUAGAUGAAAGCCAUCUUUUAAAAGGUGACAAAAACUUAGUUGGUUCAGAAGUAAAAAUUUAUAGUUUGGACCCAUCUACUCAGUGGUUUUCAGCAACUGUUGUGAACGGAAACCCAGCAUCUAAAACUCUUCAAGUCAACUGUGAGGAGAUUCCAGCAUUGAAAAUUGUCGAUCCCUCACUGAUUCAUGUUGAAGUUGUACAUGAUAACUUCGUGACAUAUGAUAAUUCUGCAAGAAUUGGAGGUGUAAAACGGAAGUCUUCUGAGAAUAAUGGAAGCUUGGUUUCCAAACAAGCAAAAUCUUGUUCUGAGGGAGGAACUAUUGCCAUGACUGGUAUAGAAGACCUUCAGGGAAGCUCUUCAGGUGUGGAACUCCUGAGCUCAAGUGAUUGCCCUGCUUCAGCCUUCCAGGCUUCUCCCAGUAUGUGUCCUGUACAGUCUGUUCCCACAACAGCUUUUAAGGAGAUCCUGCUUGGCUGUACCGCAGCAACCCCUCCUAGUAAAGACCCAAGACAGCAAAGUACUCCUCAGACUGCCAACUCUCCACCCAACCUUGGAGCAAAGAUUCCUCAAGGGUGUCCUAAGCAGAGUUUACCAGAAGAGCUUUCUUCCUGUCUAAACACAAAGCCUGAAGGACUGAGAACAAAACCAGAUGUCUGCAGAGCAGGGCUUCCCUCCUCACAGCCUGCUCAGGUUGGGCCUGGAGACCUGAAGAUUCUAAGUGAGCGCAGAAUUGGCUCUGACCAACCCAAGACGGACACUGAGCAGGAAGGCCGAUUGCAGCCCGCUCCACAGCCACCCCUUGGCCUUCUUAAGGAGGGCUCACCUACAGAAGCUUCUCCCAGGGCAGAAGCGGAAACUGUCAGUACCCCCGAGCUGCAGAAGCACCCAGAACAUGCACCUUCCACCUCUGAUGUCUCUUCAGAGAAGCCAGACGUGAAAGCAGGUGUUAAUUGUGAUAGUUCUCAUAGUUGUGCAGGAAAAAUGGUCAAACCUUCAGCUUUAGGUUGCCAGUCUCAGAGUGUAAAGGAGACUUCUGGAAAAGUAGACAAUGAAAGCUGUUGUACAAGAAGCAACAAUAAAAUCCAGAAUGUACCAGCCCGGAAGUCAGUUUUGACAGAUCCUGCUAAACUCAAGAAGCUACAGCAGAGCGGUGAGGCCUUUGUGCAGGACGACUCCUGUGUGAACAUCGUGGCUCAGCUGCCCAAGUGCCGGGAGUGUCGUCUGGACAGCCUUCGUAAGGACAAAGAGCAGCAGAAGGACUCACCUGUGUUCUGCCGCUUCUUCCACUUCAGGAGGUUGCAAUUCAACAAACAUGGUGUGUUGCGGGUAGAAGGCUUCUUAACACCAAACAAAUAUGACAGUGAAGCAAUUGGCUUGUGGCUACCUCUGACCAGAAAUGUCGUUGGGACGGAUUUGGACACAGCCAAGUACAUCCUGGCCAACAUUGGAGACCACUUCUGUCAAAUGGUGAUUUCUGAAAAGGAAGCUAUGUCAACUAUUGAGCCACACAGGCAGGUUGCCUGGAAGCGAGCAGUCAAAGGAGUCCGGGAAAUGUGUGACGUGUGUGACACCACCAUCUUCAACUUGCACUGGGUGUGCCCUCGCUGUGGGUUCGGGGUGUGUGUGGAUUGCUAUCGCAUGAAGAGGAAGAACUGCCAGCAGGGUGCUGCCUACAAGACAUUCUCUUGGCUAAGAUGUGUGAAGAGUCAGAUACAUGAGCCUGAGAACCUGAUGCCCACGCAGAUCAUUCCUGGAAAAGCACUCUACGAUGUUGGUGACAUUGUGCAUUCUGUAAGAGCCAAAUGGGGGAUAAAGGCAAACUGCCCCUGUUCAAACAGGCAGUUCAAACUCUUCUCAAAGCCAGCCUCAAAGGAAGACCUAAAACAGACUUCCUUAGUUGGCGAAAAACUGACUCUGGGUGCUAUGCUCCCGCAGAGCCCCUCAGUGUUGGAGCCGGUGGCCUCAAGUGGAGAAGCAGCUUCCAGGCCAGCCUGCAGCGUGAGGCCUGCCUGUCCAGCCAGCACGGCUCCACUCAACUGGCUGGCAGACCUGACCAGCGGGAACGUCAACAAGGAGAACAAGGAAAAACAACCUACAAUGCCAAUUUUAAAGAAUGAAAUCAAAUGCCUUCCACCCCUCCCGCCUCUGAGCAAAUCCAGCACAGUCCUUCACACCUUUAACAGCACCAUCUUGACACCUGUAAGCAACAAUAAUUCUGGUUUCCUCCGAAAUCUCCUGAAUUCCUCCUCAGGAAAGACAGAAAAUGGACUCAAGAAUACACCAAAAAUCCUUGAUGACAUCUUUGCCUCUUUGGUGCAAAACAAGAGUUCCUCUGACUUGUCUAAGAGGCCUCAAGGACUGACGAUCAAGCCCAGCAUUAUGGGCUUUGACACUCCCCACUACUGGCUCUGCGACAACCGCUUGCUGUGCCUGCAGGACCCCAACAACAAGAGCAACUGGAACGUGUUCAGGGAGUGCUGGAAGCAAGGGCAGCCCGUGAUGGUCUCAGGAGUGCACCACAGACUGAACGCCGAACUCUGGAAACCCGAGUCCUUCAGGAAAGAGUUUGGGGAGCAGGAAGUGGAUCUCGUGAACUGCAGGACCAACGAAAUCAUCACGGGAGCCACAGUAGGCGACUUCUGGGACGGCUUUGAGGAUGUCCCAAAUCGUUUGAAAAACGAAAAAGAACCGAUGGUUUUGAAACUUAAGGACUGGCCACCAGGAGAAGAUUUCAGGGACAUGAUGCCGUCCAGGUUCGAUGACCUGAUGGCCAACAUUCCGCUGCCCGAGUACACCAGGCGAGACGGCAAAUUGAACUUGGCCUCUAGAUUGCCAAACUACUUUGUUCGGCCUGAUCUGGGUCCCAAGAUGUAUAAUGCUUAUGGAUUAAUCACUCCAGAAGAUCGGAAAUACGGAACAACAAACCUGCACCUGGACGUUUCUGACGCUGCUAACGUCAUGGUCUAUGUGGGCAUCCCCAAAGGGCAGUGUGAGCAGGAAGAAGAAGUCCUCAGGACCAUCCAAGAUGGAGACUCUGAUGAACUCACUAUAAAGCGGUUUAUUGAAGGAAAAGAGAAGCCAGGAGCCCUCUGGCACAUCUACGCUGCGAAGGACACAGAGAAAAUAAGAGAAUUCCUUAAAAAGGUAUCAGAAGAGCAAGGUCAAGAGAACCCAGCAGACCAUGAUCCUAUUCAUGACCAGAGCUGGUAUCUGGACCGAUCGUUAAGAAAGCGCCUGCAUCAGGAGUAUGGGGUGCAGGGCUGGGCUAUCGUCCAGUUCCUCGGGGACGUGGUGUUCAUCCCAGCAGGAGCUCCGCACCAGGUUCACAACUUGUACAGCUGCAUCAAAGUGGCCGAGGACUUUGUGUCUCCAGAGCACGUGAAGCACUGCUUCUGGCUCACUCAGGAAUUCCGUUAUCUGUCGCAGACUCAUACAAACCACGAAGACAAAUUACAGGUGAAGAAUGUCAUCUACCAUGCGGUGAAAGAUGCGGUGGCUAUGCUGAAGGCCAGCGAGUCGAGCUUCAGCAGACCUUAGUCCCUGCAUGUUGGCAAUGAACUACUGGCAGCUGUUCAAACUCUUCAGGCAGGACUCCUGUGGACUUUGAGAUUUCAUGUUACCUCAUCUUCUUUUUUAAACUAUACCCGACUUGUGAGGGUACUCUGUCUAAUGUAUAUUUCUAGUGUUUACAGACACUAAGUGUGUAUAUGUAGUACUAUUUACAGACGUGCAUCCUGAUACUGUGACUCCUCUCCUAGUGCAGGACUCUCACCAAGCUGUACGAACAGAGCCUCCUGUCAACUCUGCAACGGUCAUUUCCAGCUGGGUCGGGAGGGUGCAGACAGGUCCAUGAGCUUAGGAUUGCUAUGGGCUUACUGGUCAGCUUUCUCUCGUGUCUGUCUGGCCACCCUCCCACCUGGUCAGGGUCUAGGAUGCAGGAGGAAGCCACAGCUAAAGGAGCAGUCCUCUGUGUGGCAUAGGACUGGCAUUAUAGAGCAGAAGCCAACUACUGUACGACUCUGGGCUAACCAUCUGUAGUUACAUGGAAUUUUAAUUUAAAUGAAGCUUUGCUAAUUUUAAGUGUUAAGCAUUUUGCAUUAAAAUAUUCAUAUAAUA